AUGCCUGCACAAGUCAACAAACUCGAUAUCGGCAUUUCUGUCAUUUCUGCUGUCGAGCACCACCUUGCCACAUCUGAGAAUGAUGCAUGGAUGUCGGUAUUGGGCGCAUCGACACAGGCCUUUUAUGCGCUGUACUGUGUGAUACUCGUUUACCUGAUGCAACGCCUGACACUCUACCGGAACUUGAUUCAGCAUCAAAAAUUGGCCAUCCUCCACGACAAUGUUAACGCAUGGAGUGGCCUUGGUUCUGCAUUACAAUGCCUCUGGCAGCAAUCAAGCACUACUGGAUCAUCGUGGUGGAUCGCAUGGAUCGCCACCUAUCUGGGAUGUAUAUUCGCGCUUCAUGUUGCUUCAUCAUCCAUAUUGCAGCUGCAGACAUUCACCACAACCACAAACAUGUCCGCAACAACAUUCUCUCACUGGCCUGGCUCAAAUGUUGACAUGACGGGGCUUCAGUGGCACACCAUUAGCGCCAUUGUUCCCUCUCUGGGUCAUUUUACCAGUUUGUCGAACGCGGGACUUAACGGUGCCACCCUGUAUGACACUGUUCAAGCAGAUGGCGCCACAGGAAACGCCUCUGUAGAUGCAACUACUUUCCGAGCAGAGUGUGGGUUACUCCGUAAUUCUGAGUUGAGUUACACCCCAAGGCUGAAUGCAAAUCAAUUCGGAGACUACGUGGUUGAACCUCGAAUUUCAGGUAAUGAGCAGUCUAAGAAAUGGCCAGCCAGGCUGGUACCUUCCUAUCAAGAUCAGUUGGUAGUCAGUCUUUCCAUGUCUGACCUUUUCCCCGGACCCACCAUCGUAUUCAUGAUUCCUAUGUCCAUCGAUGUUGAUGACUCCUUGAAAUCAGCAACCUUACAGCAUAUGAACUGGGAAUAUCAAUCCGACAGCCCACAAGCUCCGAUCAUCUCGACUGUGCUUGACACUCAUUUAAUAGGUUGCAACAUAUAUGUUGAACACCAUACGGCGAAAGUCGAUAUGGAAACAGGCCAAUUACUGGCACUCUUGCCGCCCCCGGUUCUAUCUCCUCCUUCGGACUGGAAGGCAUGGACGGCGCCAGAGGGUGACAAUAUUCGAGAUAUCUGGUCGCCGCCAGAAGUACUAGGUCAGUAUAGGCGUAAUAAAAAUUGGCUUGCAUAUCCAUUCAGGACUGGAGCCAUGCACCCCGUAAAGAUUUGUAUGACCCAAACUGGAGCAAGCUGCUACGGAAUCUCUCUUCUCGAGCUGUAUUUUAUGGAAGAAAUCGGGUUACCUGUGGUUUUGGAUGAGCAAGCUUCCAGGCCACGACCUCCAUCUGGCCCAAAGAAAGUUCUCUGUAGUCGCCACCGAUUCGAAUCUAGUCUCUCUAAGAUAUUCGCAUCGCUGGUGUGGACGGGUGCAAAACUCGGCUCCGAUGCUGGUGGCUUUGACCCAACACCAGGCAGCACUGUCGUUUCUCGGCAGGUUAUGAAGUGGCAUCUCAGCAUUAACUCGUGGCCUUUGGCAGUUGCAUUGGCCGCUUCGUUGACCAUGUUGACCCUCUCGAUCUACAUGUCAGGGGGCAUAUAUCGGCAGAAAAACAGGACACCCAUAGAUAGUACUGGCAUUCUCCAGAUCAUCUGGCUGACGAACCGUCUCCGCGUGCUGAAAGACCUCGUGAGUAAAGUGGAUGAUCCAAGAGAAGAUAUUCUUCGUUCUGCUGGGAUGUUGGAAGUAAAUCUGUUACAAGAGCUAAACAGCGAAUGGUGCACUACAAACGAUACCGCAAAGAAUGACUCGCAGGGGCCAGGGCAGCCUUCUACUUGCACGAAUUCCGUGCCGCACCCCGAACAGGCAUCUCCAUCUCAUGCUAGGGCGGAAUACCCUGCAACAUCAAUAUCAUUAGUGUAG